GCCGGGCCGGGCCGGGCGGAGCUGAGCCGUGCAAAACCGUGCCGUGCCCCGAGCCGAGCCGAGCCGAGCCGAGCCGUGCCCACCAUGGCCAUCGCGCACAUCGCCACCGAGUACGUCUUCUCGGACUUUUUGCUGAAGGAGCCGCCCGAGACGCGCUACAAGGGGCUGCGGCUGGAGCUGGCGCUGGACAAGAUCGUCACCUGCAUCGCCGUGGGGCUGCCGCUGCUCCUCAUCUCCCUCGCCUUCGCGCAGGAGAUCUCCAUCGGUGCCCAGAUAAGCUGCUUCGCGCCCAGCUCCUUCUCCUGGCGCCAGGCUGCCUACGUGGACUCCUACUGCUGGGCAGCUGUGCAGCAAAAGCAGCCAUCCCAGGGCAACCUGGAGAACAUACCGCUCUGGCUUCAUAAAUUCUUCCCAUACAUCCUUCUGCUGGUUGCUAUCCUGCUGUAUCUACCAUGUUUGUUCUGGCGCUUCACUGCAGCACCUCACCUUUCUUCAGACCUGAAAUUUAUUAUGGAAGAACUUGACAAAGCCUAUAACAGGGCAAUCAAAGCUGCUAACAGCGUCCGUAGCGGGGACGCCAGAGACCCCACUGACUUAAUUCCAACUGCUAAUGAAAACUUGACACAGAGUUUGUGGGAAAUUUCUGAAAGCCACUUUAAAUACCCAAUUGUGGAGCAGUACCUGAGGACAAAGAAGAAUUCCAAAUGCUUAAUAAUCAAAUACAUUUUCUGCCGUUUACUCACUCUAGUAAUUAUUUUCCUUGCAUGCCUCUAUCUGGGCUACUACAUUAGCCUCUCCUCUUUGAGCGAUGAGUUCCUCUGCACCAUCAAAACAGGCAUCUUAAAGAAUGACACAACUGUUCCAGAAGUGGUUCAGUGCAAGCUUAUUGCUGUUGGUGUCUUCAAGGUACUCAGCUAUAUUAACCUGAUAGUCUAUCUUCUGGUGAUGCCGCUGGUGGUGUAUGCAAUGUUUGUUCCCUUCCGGUGGAAUUCAGGCAUUCUCAAAGUGUAUGAAAUCCUGCCAACUUUUGAUGUUCUGAAACUGAAGUCAAAGUGUUUAGAUGACUUAAGCCUUUACCUCCUCUUUCUUGAGGAAAAUGUGAGUGAACUUAAAUCGUAUAAAUGCCUCAAAGUGCUAGAGAACAUUGCAGUUUCUGAGAAGUUUGAUGUCAUGCAACUUUUGAUAAACCUUGGUACAAUUAAGACAGAUACUGUAGAUGGGAAGCCAGGGACAGCUGUGCCAGAGAAGCCUGAAGAAACACCUGUAGAAGAGCUGGAAAAAGAUGCAACAGAGCUACAAGUUUUGACAGACCAUGAAGCAAGUGGUCACAUGAGCCCGAGAGAAGAUAAAAAACUUCGCCAAAGACUUAUUGAUUCUUCAUGCUGAUGCCUUCCAGCCACAGCAGGCAGGAGUUUUGUGCUGCAAGAGGGCUUCUCCUCCGCCUUCGCCGCGCUGAACACAAGGUGCUGCUCUUCGAGUGCAACUGUCCAGGGAGCCUGGCAACUCCUCAGAGGACAAAAUGGUUUACAGACUAUUUGUUGAACAACAGGCAUCAUGAAAAAACAUGCUGUAGACUUUCAUUAUUUAAAAAAAAGAAAAAAAAAAAGAAGAAAAAAAAAGAAACAACAAGAACAAAAGAAACGCUGUUAUGAG